AUGGAGAGGUACAGGGGACGCGUCGCCAUGGUGACGGGCGCCAGUUCAGGAAUCGGCGCCGCUAUCGUACAGGCCCUGCUGAGAGAAGGGCUCACUGUCGUGGGCGUGGCCAGGAGGAUCCACAGAGUUAAAGUCCAGCAUAUAUCCCAAGAUGCAAACAGUGACACAUCACAACCACCUGGCAAGACGGAAGACUGGAAGCGUGUCCUGGAUGUGAACGUGCUGGGUCUAAGCAUCUGCACCAGGGAGGCCGUGCAGGACAUGCUGAGCAGGGGCGUCGACGACGGCUUCAUCAUCCACAUCAACAGUGUGCUGGGCCACGUUCCCGCAAUCGACGACGUGGUCGUCAUAUACAGCGCCAGCAAACACGCCGUCAGGGUGCUGCUCGAGGGGCUGCGGCUGGACCUGGUCGCCAAGAAGAGCCGCAUCCGUGUCGGGCAAAUUUCCCCGGGCGCGGUAAUGACGGAAAUUUGGGACUAUCAGACGAAAUUUUCGAAAGAAGUAGCCGUGGCGAUGGCGCACAUGCAACCAGAGGACGUGGCAGCGGCCGUGGUGUACAUGCUGUCCCAGCACCCGCGAGUCCAGGUUUACGACAUCAUAUUACGGCCUCCUGGAUGUGUGUUUUAGCUCACGAUGUCACACUUCGGCUGGUUUUUCAGAAGAUGGUCAUAUGCAGAAGUUAUUAAGCCUCUAUAAGC